UAACACAUGCUUCGAUUUCGGAGAGCUGUAGAGCAAGUUCGGAAGUUACUGUAAGGUGCCGGAAUUGGCAAAAUAGCAGUUUUUUAGUAAAUUCAUUCUACAAUAUACGAGAUAUAAGAUAUUUCCCAGUCCGUUAGAUAUUUAUAGAACCUAUGGAGCAGCUGAUAGCUUCUUCUGAUAACUCUGUGGCGACAAGUUUGUGUCAGAUUUUGAGGGAAUUUAUUGGUGCCAGAAAAUGCCAGUCAUUGAAAAGGCGACUGCUGAUCUCAGAGAAUUGAAUGGUCAUGCUUCGUUUGUUCCUUCUCUCUUUUCUGUACUUUGUCAAGGAGAUGACGCAGAAAUAAGAAAACUUGCAGCAAUUAUUUUCCGAAGAAAAGUUUCAAGGCAGUGGAAAUCAUUUAACCGUGAGAUUUGUGUCGGAGUCCGCCAAGCCGUGCUUGAGCGACUGCUAAUUGAAAAUGAUUCUAAAGUUGCACAUUCUCUCUGCCAAGUUGCCGCGUCGAUAGCAAAACACGAACUAGGACAGGUUAACGGAACCUGGCCGGAUUUGUUCGAAGUAAUCAAAAGAGGGGUUACACAAGAAGGCAGCAGAGAGACUACAUUGUAUCUAGUCAGCGUUGUUUGUGAUUACGUGAAUGAAACAUUAGGAGCCCAUUUCAUUGACUUGUUAAAAUUACUUGGAGGAACACUGGAAAAUGUUGGAAAAGAAGUAGGGAACACUGAAAUAUAUGCUGUGAAGGCGUUCGACUCUCUCGUACCUUAUUUGGGUGAUGAAUAUGUGAAUCUUGUUCGUCCCCUUGUUUUAAAAUGUGUCAACGUGAUUCAGAGACUUCUUGAAACUGAUGAGGACAAAGCUUCUGAACUGAUGGAAAUAUUUGAGACGUUAAUUGAAACGGAAGUCAGCUUCAUUUCACCUUAUGUCAAAGAUUUAGUGCUGUUUUCAUUGCAGAUCGCUUCUAACUCAGAAUUAGAAGACACCACGAGAGUAAGAGCUUUGUCUCUGCUAAGAUGGAUAAUCAAGCUGAAGAAAAAGGCCGUCAUCAAAUUAUCUUUGAUCGAACCAAUCCUCGAUAGUAUCUUUCCGAUCAUCACCUCAGCUCCUGACGAUGAUGACGUCAGCUUUUCUUCUGAAGAUGCUGAGUCAGAGCACCCUAUAUCAGCUGCUGUUUAUAUAAUAGAUGAACUAGCUCUGCAUCUCCCACCUGAGAAACUAUUUAAAGCAAUUAUGCCAAAGCUUGAAGUAAUGAUGGCAAGCAAUGAUCCCAGUCAUCAACGAGGUCUCGUGCUCACUCUUGCAUGUCUUGCGGAAGGAACAUCAGAAUUUAUCAAAGCGAAUCAUUUGAAACAGUUUCUGGAGAUUGUAUGUCGGGCCUCACUCAAUGAGAAUGAGGUUGUAAGGACGGCUUCACUAUUUGCUAUCGGGCAGUUUUCAGAGCAUUUGCAGCCUGAUAUCAGCAAGUUUUCGUCGGAAGUCAUGCCAUUACUUUUUGAAAUCUUGAAGAAAACUCCGGAAUCAAACAAAGGAAUUACUAGAGCUUAUUAUGCUGUGGAAAAUUUUGUUGAAAAUUUGGAUGAUGAAAUUCUCACUUAUCUCGAACAAUUGAUGUCACAUCUACUGACAACUUUACAAACUUGCGAAAAGAUUCACACAAGAGAAUUAGUUGUCAGUGCAAUUGGAGCUGUAGCUAAUGCAGCCAAAGAAAACCUUCUGCCAUAUCUCGGACAAAUUUUGAGUCAACUCAGAAUUUGCUUGCCAACCAUGAAUCAGCAAAAUGGACAAACCCCGACUCAGCAAAAUGAAGAGGAGGCAGAAAAGUUAGGAUUAUUGCAUAUGCAAACAUUAGAUACACUAGGUGUCCUCGCAAGAACUGUUGGUAAAAACAAUUUUCUUCCCCUCGCUGAAGAUUGCUUAAAACUUGGAAUGAAUUUACUGGAAAAUGAGAAUAACGAUCCUGACAUGAGGAGAUCAGCAUAUGGAUUAUUCUCUGCUAUAGCUACAAUUGUCGAGGAAAAGAUGUCGCCGUUCCUGAAUGUAAUUGUGAAACAUAUGCUGGACUCGUUAAGGUCAACUGAGGGGGUUGUGGCUCACUAUAACGAAGAAACUAAUGGAACUUCUUCAAAGGAUUUCUCAUUCUUGGAUGACAGUAAUCAAGAUACUGAUCUGACUACUGAGGCAGAUUCACAGGAGAACGAUGAUGAUGAGGACAUUGAAGGCUUUUCUGUUGGCAAUUCAUACAUGGAUGAGAAGUCUGAUGCUUGUGAAGCCAUUGGAGAGAUCGCAAAAUAUACCAAGACUGAGUUUGUGCCGUAUUUAAAGCUUGCAUUUGAAGAGGUCUACCAUCUAGUCGAUUUCCCUCACUCAGAUGUCAGAAAAGCAGCCAUUGCUUCAUCUGGAGAAUUAACUAUGUGCGCUCAUAAAUUGAAGAAUGAAAAUUUUCCAUCAUUUGUAUCUCAAAUUUUUCCUGUCAUCUGUAAAACCUUGGUGAAAGACACCGAAAGAUUGGUUGUUAUGGGAUCCAUAGCAACGGCCAAUCAGAUGAUUGAAUGCUGUGGGAUGGAUUGCUUUGUGAAAGGACAGGAUUCAUUAAAGGACUUGAUGGCUCCAUUGUUUCUAGUAAUGAGCGGGAAAUCUGCCUGUCAGGAUGGCGAUGAUGAUGAAGAUGAUGUGCAAGAGGAAUCUGCAGAGGCUGAAUAUGAUGAGAUGUUGAUUGAAUACUGUGGAGAGAUUCUACCAGUCCUUGCUGGCAAUCUUGGAGCAACAACUUUUCUGCCAUAUUUCGCCGGAUUUCUGCCUGCUCUAGUGUCAAAAUUGAAACCAUCUUGCACAACGUCUGAAAGAUCCUUCGCUGCUGGUACAAUUGCAGAAGCGUUUCAAAAACUUGGGCCAGGAUCAGCAAAAGAUGUUGUUGGUCAUGUAGUGCCUAGCCUAUUAGGGUUAACAAAAGACAAAGAAACCGAAGUCCGUAACAAUUCCAUAUUUGGUAUCGGUGUCGUUCUACAAAAUGCUGACUCAGCAGGUUUGCAGUUCUAUCCAACAGCUUUGAACAUAUUGUCUCAGGCGCUUUCUACCGAGAAGUCUCGCGGAGUGAUUGAUAAUAUACUUGGAGCAGUUGCGAGAAUGGUGAUGGCGAAUAGGCAAGCUGUACCAGUGGAACAAGUAAUACCUGUCCUACUUGACCACCUACCGAUAGUACAAGACCAUGAAGAAGACGCCGUGGUUUAUUCUUGUUUGUGUAGAAUGUUGAAUGAAGUUUGUAUCAAUGUUGAGAUUAAGUCAAGGAUUAUAAAACUUUUUGUUACUGGAAUGGAGGGAGUUGAGCAAGAAAUCCAGUCAUCAAUUGCCAAAGAAAUGAAGUCAAUACAUCAAAACAAACAAGAACUUUUCAAUCAAAUUUGCCAAAAUUUGGAACCCGAAUUAGCCUCAAAAAUUCAGUUAAUUUUAGGUUGAAUUUUCAUAAAAAUUUUGUCACCGUAGUGUGAAUUUUGUUGGUGCUAUCGUUAUCUGCCACAUUUUGGAAGUCUAGAACUCGUUUCUAUAGUACAGACAACAUACAGUGGUGCAAUUUGGUUGUUUAAUUUCUCAAAUCUAAGAAAUUCGGAAAUCAAGAGCAAACUCACAAUCGAAGAAAUGUAUCUCGUUGCUAAUGCUGAUUAUACAAAACCAUUCAUGUUUGAAGUGAACACACCAUGGAAAGAAUAAUCAGAGUUUCCUAAAAAACGGUUAUCAUAGUUUCAACAUCAUUGUCAUCCAUGCUUUAGAAUGGAACUUGGAUAUCGUGUAUUGAACUGCAGGUCCUUUCUCCUUGUUUACUUCCUACUUCGGAUCCGUAUGUGGUACUCACCACAAGGAUGCUUGAACGAGAUAGUAUUAAAGUGAUAAGUAAAAAUAACAUGAUCUCUUUC